AUGCUCAUUUUCAGAUCUUUCCUGAUAUCACUGGGCAUUGCGAGGGUAUAUGCAGCCACAGCAACCACAUCAGCACAAUCGUCAUCUGUAACUGGUUGCCAUACUCACGGCUCAGACAUUUACUGUAUCGAUGGAAAUGGCAAGGAAGUUCUAGUUUCGGCCACAUCUACCCCUACAACCGGAGUACCAGCACAAUACACUGGCUGUCACUCUCACGGAAGCGAGUCAUAUUGCAUGGAUGCAGAUGGAAACGAUGUCCUGAUUCAAGCAGAAGGAACGGAAACCGAGACUGCCACAGACAGUCACAGUGAACAUGCCCACGAGGAAUCCUCCGGCGAAACCAAGCAGAACUGCCACUUCCAUGCUGGCGUCGAACACUGCGUGGGUGAAGGUGAGUCGGAGGGAGCUAGCAGUUCCGAGGAAUCCUCCGGACAGAACUGCCAUUUCCAUGCUGGCGUCGAACACUGUGUGGGUGCAGGUGAAUCAGAGGGAGGCAGCAGUUCAAGGUCAUCGUGUAGUAUCCGAGCGAGAGACUACGACAUCCCUCUGAGAAUUGGCACGUUGUUUGUCGUCCUUGUCACUAGUUCAAUUGGUGUCUUUGCCCCUCUUCUCCUGAUGAAGCUUCCAUCUGCCUCUAUCAAUGGAGUGGUCUCGACCGUCAUCAAGCAAUUCGGAACUGGUAUCAUCAUCGCCACGGCUUUCAUCCACCUAUACACACAUGCGAACCUCAUGUUCACCAAUGACUGUUUGGGAGAACUCGAGUACGAAGCGACUACCUCCGCGGUAGUCGUGGCGGGUAUAUUCAUUGCUUUCUUGCUAGAAUACAUUGGCCACAGGAUGGUCGUUUCUCGCAACAGCAAGAACAACUCCGCAGAAAACGUACCGUCCGAGUCCGAGUCUCAGCAAACACAGCCGAAGGAGAACGGCCACUCUCCGGAGCAGCAACAUACUACAUUGGCUGGUCUUGGCCACAGUCACGGUGUUGUCGGACCCAACAGCAAAUUUUCGGUCAUGGUCAUGGAAGCUGGUAUCCUGUUCCACAGUAUCUUGAUUGGCCUCACCCUUGUUGUCGCCGGCGACUCAUUUUACAAGACGCUUCUGGUAGUGAUUGUGUUCCAUCAAUUCUUUGAAGGGUUGGCACUCGGUGCUCGUAUCGCAACCCUACCGGGAGCUAUUUUCCCUUCCAAAGCGUCUAUGGGAAUAGCGUUUGCCUUGAUCACACCUAUUGGCAUGGCUAUUGGGCUUGGUGUUCUUCACACCUUCAAUGGUAACUCGAGGGGCACUUUGAUUGCACUAGGAACAUUGGAUGCGCUAUCUGCCGGUAUCCUGGUGUGGGUUGGUGUGGUUGAUAUGUGGGCGCGUGACUGGGUCAUUGAUGGUGGUGAAAUGGUGCAUGCGAAAUUAGGAAAAGUUUUCACCGGUGGUAUUUCCUUCGUCAGUGGGCUGGUGUUGAUGGGACUGCUCGGAAAAUGGGCUUGA